AUCUAGCUGAAUAAAUUUUCAAAUUUCAUUUUCGGAAGAUAUCCCAAAUAAUCCAUUCUUCGCAUUCCGCUCGAUCCCAGCAUUCAACCAUGGAUAACUCAAUAGUUCAAGGGAUAUUGGAGCAGCAAGUUCUGUCGGUGGCGAAGGCGGUGGAGGAACAGAUAGAUGAUCAGAUCUCAGCGUUGGAUCGGUUGGAUCCUGACGAUAUUGAGGCCUUGAGGGAGCGGAGGCUGCAGCAGAUGAAGAAAAUGGCGGAGAAGAGGAGCCGUUGGAUCAAACUCGGCCAUGGCGAGUACACUGAGAUCCACAACGAGAAAGAGUUUUUCUCUAUUGUCAAGGCUAGUGAACGCGUCGUCUGUCACUUUUAUCGCGAAAAUUGGCCUUGCAAGGUUAUGGACAAGCAUUUGGCUAUACUGGCAAAACAACAUAUUGAAACACGAUUUAUAAAACUCAAUGCUGAGAAAAGUCAAUAUCUGAGUGAGAAGCUCCGGAUAGUUGUUCUUCCAACCCUAGCUCUUGUUAAGAACGCUAAAGUGGAGGACUAUGUGGUGGGCUUCGAUGAGCUCGGUGGGAGGGAUGACUUCAGCACAGAGGAACUAGAAGAGAGGAUAGCAAAAGCAGACGUCAUUAUUUUCGAGGGUGAAUCAUCAGGGAAGCUAUCCAAAUUGAAAGCUCCAACCAGAAAUGUCCGCCAUGGUGCCACUUCGUACGCAUCGGAUUCUGAGUAGUUGAAGUAGGAACCUGCAACUGCAUGACUAUAUGCUUCUUUGUCAUCUCAUGGAUGGCAGUUUGGAAAAUUCACCAUGCUUUGUUUAUGUGUCCUAUAGAAGUGUGUAUCUAUUUUGGGCUUCGAUUUGCGUGUUGAGCUUAAGAUUGAGAUUAAGAAUUGUCUACACAUCAUAUGGGGGUGUCUGUCUUGGAUGUUAGAUUAGUUGGGCAUUUGAUAAUCGUCUUUGUUGUUAGAUUAGUUGGGCAUUUGACAAAAGAUCAUUACAUAUGACCACAUGUUCGAAAAUUGUUCAACUUCAUCCUAUGAAGAGUUUUUGUCAAUA